CACUCUUUUAUCCCACUCUCUGCACUUAAGCUUCUCUCACUUUUCUCUUGUUUGUUUUCCGGGAAAGUUCGGUUGCAUUCUCAUCACAUGGCCAAGGACGUGGAGGUGGCGGAGCACGGCUCUUUCUCAGGCAAGGACUACCAUGACCCGCCGCCGGCACCGCUGAUCGACGCCGUCGAGCUCACCAAGUGGUCCUUCUACAGGGCCCUGAUUGCAGAGUUUAUCGCCACACUUUUGUUCCUUUACAUCACGGUGCUGACCGUCAUCGGGUACAAGAGCCAGACCGACCCAGCCAAGAACAACGACGCGUGCGGCGGCGUCGGCAUUCUGGGCAUAGCCUGGGCCUUCGGCGGCAUGAUCUUUGUCCUCGUCUACUGCACCGCCGGAAUUUCUGGGGGUCACAUAAACCCGGCUGUGACUUUCGGGCUGUUCCUGGCGAGGAAGGUGUCGCUGAUAAGGGCGGUGUUGUACAUGGUGGCGCAGUGCUUGGGGGCUAUUUGUGGGGUGGGGUUGGUGAAGACCUUCCAGAAGUCGUACUACGACGACUACGGCGGCGGCGCCAACCAGCUGGCCGUCGGCUACAGCAAAGGCACCGGACUUGGGGCGGAGAUCAUCGGAACUUUUGUCCUCGUCUACACCGUGUUCUCCGCCACUGAUCCCAAGAGGAGCGCCAGAGAUUCCCAUGUUCCGGUUUUGGCCCCACUGCCAAUUGGGUUUGCUGUGUUCAUGGUUCACCUGGCCACAAUCCCGGUCACCGGCACCGGCAUCAACCCGGCAAGGAGCCUUGGCGCCGCCGUUAUCUACAACAAGGACAAGGCUUGGGACGACCAGUGGAUAUUCUGGGUUGGACCCUUCAUCGGAGCAGCCAUCGCGGCCUUCUACCACCAGUUCAUCCUGAGAGCCGCCGCCGUCAAAGCUCUGAGCUCUUUCAGGAGCUCCUCCCAUGUCUGAAAAUGAUGGGUUUGGAAGAAGGAGAUGGAUCUUUAAUUAUAUCCUAGGAAACUGAAAUAAUAGAGGAGUAAAGUUGCACGUCUCUCUCAAUAUCUCUCUCUCUCUCUUUUCCCCCAUCAAUAUGUUGAAGAUUAGUGGUGUGGAGAGGAGAGGGAGAGUGCUUGGGAGCCAGGAAAAUGUAGAUAGAAAAUCCCAAUCCAAUACCCACAAAAGUGAAAGGGAAAGCUUUUUAUCUUUUCUUCUUUUCCCUUUUGAGUUAUCUGUUGCCCCUUGUGUUUGUUUCUUCGCUUAAUUUACCUCUUGGUCCUGUAUCUGUUAAUCUUUUAAUAAUAAUAGUUUCAUCUUUGUUUUCUUUGGAAUA